GUGACAGCCAUCCAUCAUGUAUUCAGCAGGAGAGGAAAACAUCUUACGGCUCAAUAUGGAGGAACUACAUCUUCUUCACCUGACUGUGUCCAGGUGAGUCAUCCUGCAGGUCGUCAUGGCGACUGCUCCAGGUAAGGAUGAGGUGAAGCUGAAGAAGAAGAGGAAGAAGAGGAUGAAGGACAUCGAGGAGUUAACGUCUGCGGGACACAGAGCUCUGCAGGACGGCCGCUCUGAACACGCUCUGAGCUGCUUCAACAGCGCUCUGAAGGCUGCAGCACAGCUGCAGGACUCCCGAGUUGUCGGAGCCUGCUCCUUUAACCUCGGCGCCGCCUACGUGGAGGCGGAGCAGCCGGAGAAAGGUUUGGACUUCCUGCGUCAGGCUCAGCCCGGCCCGAAGGCUGACCGGCUCCCGGACCUGCAGUUCAACCUGGCUCUGGCCCACAAUGCACUGGGGCAGAGACGAGAGGCCGCGGCCUACUUCCUGCAGGCCGCUCAGCUGUACAGGUCUCAGGGAGACGGACGCAGCGAGGGAGACGCCUGCAUGGAGAUGAGCCGCUGCUACAGCACGGACAAGGAUUGGGUUCUUGCUGCCCAGAGUCUACUACGUGCUGCAGAGAGUUACAGAGUGGCGGCCAUGUCGGAUUCUGCAGCCGCUGCCCUCAAAGAGGCGGCAAGUCACAUGAUCCAAUCAGAUCAGUUCAGCCGUGAUGACAUCAUCAGCGUGCUGACAGAGUGUCUGAGUUUGACAGACAGCAUCACCGACCCGAGGAUUCUGGGUGAGCUGUACCUGUGCGUGGGCGUGUCUUACUGCCGGCUGCGGUGUUUCCAGGAGGCCGUGGCGUGCCUGCAGCGAGCCCUGAGCCCUGCAGCUCAGCAGCCCCCCCUGCUGGCCAGAGUGCUGCACAACCUGGGAGCCGCCCUGAACUCUGCCGGACGCUUCCCCGCCGCCGUGGGCUACCACCGGCUGGCUGCCGGGCUCUACGGCUCCCUGGGUUGCCGUGGGGACCAGGCCCGGUGCUUCAGUAACUUGGGGUAUGCCUGCAGUCAGCUGGGUGAUGAAGAGGAGGCAGCAGAGAGCUUCAUCCUGGCUCUGCAGGGCUUCAGAGACACCGAGGACCACCUGUCUGAGGUUCAGGUGUGUGAGUCGUUAGCAGAGUGUUACCUGAAGCAGAGGAAGCAGCAGAAAGCUGUUCAGCUCUACAAACAGGCUUUGAAGGCUCUGUCUCACUGCCAGGACAGUUCUGGUUCAGCUCGGGAUCAUCUGGUGGAGCGUCUGACUGCAGCCCUGCAGCAGAGUCUGCAGAGGCCACGCCCACUCAGACCACCUAUCAGGAGGAAUGACAUCACUCAGAGUCCAGGCACAGCGUCCAAUCAGCAGCCAGACGAUCAGAGGGGGGAGGGGCCAGACUCACAGCUGGAGGCCGCAGGCAGACAGGAAGCAGCAGAGCAUUGUGGGUCAGCAGGAGGAGCCUCUGAGGAACCUGAAUACAUGAGCAUGGUACCUGGACUACACAGUUCAGAGCAGUCGGAGGAGCGGCUGCAGAGCAGUGAGUCCUGACUUCUUCUUCUCUCCUGUAAUAAGAUGUUCCAC